UUUAUACUACUUACGGGAAAUUUAAAAACCGUGGUGAAUGGGGAAUAAAACGUAAUAUACCAAGUUUCAUUCGCACCAACGUCAUUACCAUCGCUGCGUUGGACACUAUAGAACAUCAAACUCCGUAUAAAAGCGCUCAAACAAUGGUGAAAUUCACAAGACGUUGGAAAGAGAACUUUCCUUAUUCAAAAUUUUCAAAACCCAUGGAGAGUAAACCAAAGCCAGUUAACAUUAGUAAGAUGUCCGAAAAGGAGUUCCGAAAAUUUCUAAAAAAAGAGGUGGAACCAAGAAAAGGUGAAUAUCAAGAAGCAAAAAAGAGUGAAACGCCUGUGACGCCACGUGAAUUUUUAAAUAUUACAUACGAGAGAGAACCCUUAACUGUCCACGGAUUAACUUAUUCUCAUAAUAAUCCUGGAAUCAACAUCAAGGUCCAAGGUCGUGUUCUAAAUAGAGAUAUGCCUUCAGGAUAUGCUGUAGGUGUUAGCGGUGUAGUUGCAAAUGUAUUAUCUCAUAAGACUAUACUUUUGAGUCCAACUGAAAGAGAAAAAUUAGAAAGCUUUUAUGUGGAAAGCGCCAAAUUUGAUGAUCAAGGGAAACCAGUAGUUAAACUCUCGAAAUCUGCCCCGUUAAUUCUAAACGAGAUUAUGGAACCAAUAAAAAGUUCCUUAGAUUCAAGUGUAUCCUUUGCAAAUGACGAUCAUGAUGAAAAAGAAAUACUCAAGAGAAUUAAAAUUAUACUUCAAAAUAGUUCUUUAGAAGGUGAAGGGCAAAUCCCGACACCAAAAUUUCAAGAAACCUAUAAUGAGUUAUUCCCGGAUGGAAUCGAUUCAACGAAUAUCAACCCAGAGAAUAAGAAAACGGAAGUCAACGAUGUCAAUAGUAGUACAUUUUUUGCGGAUAACACGGAAAAAAAAGAUUAA